GGAAUAUUUCCGGGUCCUUGUCUUUGGGUCCAUCCAAUGAUGUCUUUUGCCGGAGUUGUAUUUUUUUCUCGUUUACUGACGAUUUCUCUUCAAUGCAACCUCCCUUACCCGUGUAAUUGAAUAUCAUGUCGAUUCAUAAUGACAAUCCUUAUACUGAAUUCAUCGGUUUGCACAAUCGCAGAGAGUACGAGCUUACUGUCAGACAGGAGCCUAAGCAGGCGCGGAUGUGUGGUGUUGGAGGAAAAGCCGAUCGUCGACCAAUUGACCCACCUCCAAUUGUUCAACUACGAGUCGUAGACCCUCUGCAGCGGUCUAAUUCCUCUAGUAAUCCCGGCGGACGUCAGAUCGCAAGAGCCAGUUCCCCUAACGCCGCGAGCCCUUCCACGAUAGCUAGCUCCCCCGCACCCAGUGUGUCUACUGUAUCCCGAGAUGGCUCUUCCGCCUCUGAUACUGGCAAUGUCGACCGUGAAGGCGAUUCGGCUACACCCACGCCAUCUGCAGCUGCAACUUCGUAUGCACAAUCGUAUUUACAAAAUCCGUACUACUUUAUGUUUGCAUGCCUUGCAAAACCUGAUGACGAUACUGAACUCCAUUGGCUGAAGGUAAAUUUCUACUCAUUACUCAUUGAUAUAUGGGAAUUGAUUUUUUGUAGGACGGUCGCACACGAUGUACAACUGGUUCCGUCGUUUCUUCCCUUUAUCACCUGAAAGACCCGCAACACGGCAACGAAGAUGCUGGCUUUUUCGUCUUCCCCGAUCUUAGCGUCAGGACGGAAGGAAGUUAUAGGCUGAAAUUGAG